AUGGUAGCCUUGGACGGAGCUCGCUUUGACUUUGUCGUCGUUGGCGGCGGCACUGCCGGCAACACAGUCGCCGGUCGUCUCGCUGAGAACCCCAACGUCACCGUCCUGGUCGUUGAAGCUGGUAUCGGUAACCCUGAUGAGGUGUCCGAUAUUACUACACCUGCCUUGGCUAUGGAUCUGCGCGAUAGUCAGUAUGACUGGGCGUAUAAGACUACAUUGGUCAAGCGUGACGACUACGAACGCAUUGAAAAGCCUAAUACCCGUGGCAAAACCCUCGGAGGGAGUUCCUCGCUAAACUACUUCACCUGGGUCCCGGGUUGCAAGGCCACAUUUGACAUGUGGGGUGAAUAUGGUGGUGACGAGUGGACCUGGGAUCCUCUUGUGCCUUACCUUCGCAAGAGCGCUACCUACCAUGAUGACCCCAGGCUCUACUCGCCUGAACUGAAGAAAAUCGGCAGUGGCGGACCGAUUCCUAUUGCGCACGCCGAACUGCUUGACGAGAUGAAGGACUUCCGAAGCCUUCUAACCAAGGCGUGGGAGUCUACGGGUCAACCACUGACUGAAAACAUCUAUGAUGGCGAGAUAAAUGGUCUCACGCAUUGCUGUGAUACGAUCUAUCGCGGUCAACGCUCCGGUAGUUGGUUGUUUGUCAAGGACAAGCCCAACAUUACUAUCGUGUCUCAGGUGCAUUCCAAGCGCCUAAUCAUCGAUGAAGCAGACCGCUCCUGCAAAGGCGUCACUGUCAUUGAUCCCUCCGGCAAGGAGCUCAAUUUCUAUGCCACCAGGGAGGUUAUUUUAUCCCAGGGCGUCUUCGAAAGCCCUAAGCUUCUGAUGCUAAGCGGUAUCGGCCCGAACCGUGAACUUUCCAAGCAUGGUAUCAACACAAUCGUCAAUUCCGAACACGUCGGCCAGCACCUUAUCGACCAUCCCGGUGUUCCAUUUGUCCUACAAGUCAAAGACGGCUACGGGAUGGAAGACCACCUGCUACGCAAAGGUCCGGAACAUACCGCUACCGUCAACGCCUACAAAAACGGCAAUAAGGGCCCCAUGGGCUCAGGGCUGCUAGAGAUGGUGGGAUUCCCCCGUAUUGACUCAUAUCUCGAGAAAGACCCCGCCUACGUCCAAGCCAAGAAGGCCAACGGAGGCGCAGACCCGUUCUCGCCCAUGGGCCAACCGCACUUCGAACUAGACUUCGUCUGCAUGUUUGGCACCGCCUUCCAAUGGCAUUUCCCAACACCGAAGAAAGGCCAGCACACCUGUGUGGUUGUCGAUCUUGUACGACCUGUGUCUGAUCCAGGAGAGGUGACGCUGAAUAGUGCGGACCCGCUCGUGCAGCCCAACAUCAACCUGAACUUCUUCGCGAAUGACCUCGACAUCAUUGCCAUGCGCGAAGGCAUUAGGUUCAGUUAUGACGUUCUCACGAAGGGAGAGGGGUUCAAGGAUAUUGUUAUCGGAGAGUACCCGUGGGAAAUGCCGUUGGAUGACGACAAGGAAAUGAAGAGAGCUGUCCUGGAUCGAUGCCAGACCGCUUUCCAUCCUUGUGGUACUGCGAGAUUGUCGAAGAAUAUUCAGCAGGGUGUCGUUGAUCCGAAGCUGAAGGUCCAUGGGGUUAAAAAUCUCAGGGUUAUUGAUGCUUCGGUCAUCCCGGUCAUUCCUGAUUGUCGUAUUCAAAAUUCGGUCUAUAUGGUCGGUGAGAAAGGGGCUGAUUGUAUCAAGGCUGAUCAUAAGGAUCUUUACUAA